ACCAACAUCACCAGGCGCGCUCUUAUUUACAUUCUGCCUGUGCCAUCUCGGAGCAGGCACAUGUAGCCUAGUCUACAGACUAGCCUACUUGUCUUUGUCCUACAGCCUAGUAGUGUUUUUUGUCCUAGUACACCGGGUUGGGUAACACCGCCUUAAUCUAUGCAAGAGUAUUUCGGAAGCACCUGCAUUAAGGCGCAAAGGAGCCCAUUGUUUUCUACCCUGGACAUAUGAACCCAAUACAUUUCGCUUUGGAUAUAGGCUGCUGUAGCCAUGCAGCGGCACCUAACAUCAAAGAUGCUGUGGGGGAGAAGAUACUGCUUUAAAACGGGAGCAUGAUGUAGGGGUUUCCUCCGGCUAUAUUGGCUGGAUUAUGUAGCCUGUGAUAGGCUUUCUGGCUGUUGCACUGUGAUUUGGACCUCGGUUUUUCUAAGGUGAUCCAUGCCCCUGUGUUUUUGCAAUUGUCAACAUGUCCCCAGCAUCGGCUGCAACGGCCAGUGAGAGCAGCACCACUACGGUUCCACAGGAGGACACAGAAGAGGAGAGCCCCCGCGAGGAGCAGCGGCCCCUGAAGCGGUCCCUCAGUAAGUCCCUGUGCAGGGAGAGCCACUGGAAAUGCCUGCUCCUGUCCCUGCUCAUGUACGGCUGCGUGGGGGCCAUGACAUGGUGCCACGUGACCAGGGUGACGCGCCUUUCCUUCGACAGUGCCUACAAGGUCAAGUCAAUGAUGUACCACGAAAGCCCCUGCUCCAAUGGCUACAUCUACAUCCCUGUGGCCUUCAUGGUCAUGCUGUACGUGGUCUACCUGGUGGAGUGCUGGCACUGCCACACCCACAACGCACUGCUGUACAAGGUGGACGUGGAGAGUGUGGGCGAGCGCAUCGGGCACAUGCAGCAGGCCACACCCUGCAUCUGGUGGAAGGCCAUCAGCUACCACUACGUGCGGCGCACGCGGCAGGUGACGCGCUACCGUAACGGCGACGCCUACACCACCAUGCAAGUGUAUCACCAGCGUGUCAACACACACGUGGCCGAGGCCGAGUUUGACUACGGCAACUGCGGCGUGAAGGACAUCUCCAAGCAGCUGCAGGGCCUGGACAGCUUCCCCGUCACCAAGCUGAGGUUCACCAAGUGCUUUAGCUUCGCCAACGUGGAGUCGGAGAACUCCUACCUAACCCAGCGGGCCCGCUUCUUCACCGAGAACGAGGGCCUGGACGACUACAUGGAGGCCCGUGAAGGCAUGCACCUGAAGAAUGUAGACUUUAAGGAGUACAUGAUUGCCUUAUCAGACCCAAACCACCUGCCCUGGUACGUGUCCAACUACGUGUUCUGGGCGGCUGCCGCAUUCACCUUCUCCUGGCCACUGCGCAUGCUGACUGAGUACCGCACAGCCUACGUCCACUACCACGUGGAGAAGCUGUUCGGCUUCAACUAUGUCCCUGUCACACCGUCCGAGGAGCGACCGUACUGCCGCCACAUCCCUCGGGUCAACACCAUUGACAGCACCGAGCUGGAGUGGCACAUCCGCUCCAACCAGCAGCUGGUGCCCAGCUAUUCCGAGGCUGUGCUCAUGGACCUGGCUCAGCUCUCGUCAGGUGGCGGCGGCUAUGGUAGCUACCGGCAGAACUGCGAGCGCUGCCACCGCACCAUCAGCAGCUCAUCCAUCUUCUCACGCAGCACUCUGAGCAUCUGCAACGGGACUAGCCCGCGCAUCCCCUUCAGCACCAGUCGCUUCUCACUGUCGCGGCUGUACGGCUCGCGGCGCAGCUGCUUGUGGCGGAGCAGCGGGAGCCUCAACGAGACGUCGUGCCCCACCGAGAGCACGCGCUGCCUGACGCCGUCGGGCCAGCCGACUAGCGAGGAGAACCCGCCGGACUACCAGGACGCACUCUACUUCCCCGUGCUCAUUGUGCACCGCAACGAGGGCUGCCUGAACCAUUCACUGCACAUGAACGGAUCCUGCGUGGAGACCACCCUAUGACCCAGUGAUGGGCCUCCCACUCCCACCUUCCCAUGUAGCCCAGCCCAUCUCAAAUGAGAUGUCCUCCAGUGAUAUGUUCAUUGUAGUAAGUAAUAGACAAUGUAACUAUCUCAAAGUGUGUUUGAAAAAACUACAUUCACAAGCAUGAUCAGUCUGAGACAAAUGGAUUUAGUGUUCUGAGAAUGAUGUUUGGAAGAACACACCACCACCAUUCUGGACCAAUCACAAUGCUCUGUUCAUAUCAGUUUGAGUUUCUGUAACCAAAGUGUCAUGUUAGCUUCCACAUUAUCUAUAAAUAGAGAAGAUUAAUAAGCAAGGUACACUAUAUAUGUAUAUGUAUUCAAGCCUUAGAGAGCAAUUUGGAGAUUGCAAGGAAAACCAUCACACCACACAAAUCAUUGAGAGCAGGAAAAGUAAAAAACGAUCAGACCUUUCUCCCCCGUAAAUGCAGUACUGGCCAUUUUUAAUUAUGUUGCAUAAAUCAAAGUAAAUUCAGACAGUCUAUAAUUUGUUUUCCCUCUAGCUCAUGGUUCUCAAUUCAAACAUUAAAAUAUAAACGCAUUUGGGGUUAUGGAAUGGUGUAUUUGU